GGUCAAAGCGGGUUCGAAGAGCUGAAGCGAUAUAUAAAGCAAGGAGGUGAUUUUUGUAAAGAUCUUAGCUCCAUAUUGCAAGAAAGGUCCGAGGCAGAAACUCAGUAUGCCAAAACCCUAUCGAAACUUUCGGCGAAGCUUUUAAAAGCGUCAAAAGAAGCCAUGGGGACGGUUAACCAAGCUUGGCAAUGCGCCGGUGUGGAAAUGGAAACUCAAAGUGAGAUUCACAGGGCGUUUGCAACAGCUUUAUCCGAGGAGGUAGUCAAACCCUUAAAACUUCUAGUCGAAUCUCAGCACAGGAUUCGGAAGUCAGUAGAAACAGCAGUAGACAAAACUGGAAAAAGUCUGAGUGAAUGGCGGGCGGCUGAAAUCAAAAGUAAGAAACAAAGUUUUAUCAGUGCCCGUGAGAACGAAAAACUUCAGGACGCAAUGCUUGACGUUAGAUUAGGAAAUAAUGUAAAUAAACUAUCCAAUAGUACACUUCACUUGCAUAGCCAAAGACCAGUCUCCGACAAAGAAUCUAAUAAAUUGGAAUCAAAGCGGAAAAAGGCUGAAGAAUCUGUUAAGAAAUCUGAUGUAGAAUACUAUACCUACUGUGUACGAGCAGAACGAGCAAGGCUAGAGUGGGAGACAGCCGUGGUUCGGGGCAGUCAUUGUUUUCAGGCGCUCGAGGAAGAGCGACUGAAUCAAUUAAAAAAUUUAGCAAAUUCUUACCUUCGACAUUUCAAAGAAAUUGGACCAAAGCUCACUCAAAGUUCGGAUCGGUUGAAGGAGCCGGUGGAGAGUUGCGACGUGGUGCAGGACAUUCAGUCUGUGAUCUCGCUCAAAGGGACGGGUCAGCCGGUUCCCGAGCAGCUCCUGCCCGACUUCUACGCCGAGCACAUGACCCUCGCCAUGAAUCGAGAGCGUCGGAAACAAGCAUUAGUGAAAUUACUGCACCUGAUUAGGCAAGAUUUGGAACGAGAAAGGAGAGGGAUAGAAGGGGUUGAAAACCUGGCGAGAGCACUUCGUCAGCAACCAACUUUUGGUGCUGAAGAAUCUCAACAAAACGUGACGGAAAAAUUACAUCAUAUGCGAUCGAUGUUGACCUAUUUGGACGCCUCAAGGUACAAACUGGCCUCCUCGCUGGCCGAACUAGAAGGCAGGCCGAAACUAAGUCACCCUCUAGCAGCACACAUCUCUGUCACACGAGACAGGCAAGGCCUGCAACAAAGCAUUCUCAAAGUUCCUGCGUGGGUUCAUAAGGACGAAUCUAUCGAAAAUGAAACGACAAACGAGUGGUCAGAUCGAGGAGCGGCUGACGGCAAUUCAGUCCAGCCUGAUAGUGAUUUUGGUGAGGAACAAUAUGAAUUUUCUAGUCAAGGUAGCGAGCAUGAUUACCAAAGUAGCGUGAUAAGUCAGUAUCCAGUAUUAUCGGAGCCUACAACCCCUUGCAGUCUGACGAAUGGGACUCAAUGUAAAGCUUUGUAUCACUACACUGCCAAUUUAUACGACGAAUUGAAUUUAGAACCAGGUGACGUCAUAAAUAUUCACGAAAAGCAACCCGACGGUUGGUGGUUGGGUGAGCUGAAUGGAGUUGUCGGUAUAUUCCCUGCAACGUAUGUCGAAGAAAUAAAAUGACGUAUCAAGCAGACAUUAUAAAUCUGUUUUCUCCUCUUUGUUUUUGUAUCAUAAAACUGUGCCUAAUCUUCUCACCUCCUCUAAACAGUUAUUUAUAACACGAUUAUAAUACAUUUGUUAUCUCUCUCGUUUAA